AUGGAGAAGGAUCUGGGAGUGCUGGUAGACAAGUUCUCCAUGGGACAGCAGUGUGCCCUAGUGGCCAAGAAAUCAAAUGGGAUCCUGGAGUCCAUUCAGAAGAAGUGGACAAAGACAGCAAAGCAGCAGCACCUCUUAUGUGCAGGGUGGGCCAAGUUACUCUGGCAGCAGCAGUUCUUAUGGUCAGGUAAGCAAACAGGAUCUGCUGUAGGAAGUCCUUCACUCUGUGAGCAGCAUGACCGGCAGGUGAUUUCUCCUUUGGUAGUCUGCAUGUCUGUUGGAUUCCUGCCUCUUGCUGAGAACAUGGAAAUGGUUCCCAAGGCAGCCAGUCCUAUGGCCAGGGUUACCAGCCUCAAGGUGGCAGUUCCUAUGGCCAGGGUGGGCCAAGUUACUCUGGCAGCAGCAGUUCUUAUGGUCAGGGUUCCCAAGGCAGCCAGUCCUAUGGCCAGCAGGGUUACCAACCUCAAGGUGGAAGUUCCUAUGGCCAGGGUUACCAGCCUCAAGGUGGCAGUUCCUAUGGCCAGGGUGGGCCAAGUUACUCUGGCAGCAGCAGUUCUUAUGGUCAGGGUUCCCAAGGCAGCCAGUCCUAUGGCCAGGGUGGGCCAAGUUACUCUGGCAGCAGCAGUUCUUAUGGUCAGGGCUACCAGCCUCAAGGUGGCAGUUCCUAUGGCCAACAGGGCGGCUCUGCUUCAGGUGGCAGCAGUGGUUGUGGCCAAGGUGUUUCGUAUGAUAGCAAUCCCUGCCACCAGGUAA